CAUAGCUCAAAAUAAUACCAAAGAAAACCAAAAACAACAUGGAGAAAGUAAGAAGCUCUGGGCAUGAUCUUCAAGUCGGUGCCACUGAACAACUUAAAGCUCAAGCCCACAUUUGGAACCAAAUCUUCAACUUCAUCAACUCCAUGUCCCUCAAAUGUGCCAUUCAAUUAGGUAUACCGGAUGCCAUCCAUAGUCAUGGCAAACCCAUGACGCUUUCCCAACUUAUAUCCGCCUUGCCAAUCCACCAAAACAAAAAGCUUGAUUCUCAUUUGAUCUACCGCCUCAUGCGCAUCUUGGUCAACUCCAGCUUCUUUUCUCUUCAAGAAGUCGUCGGGGAAACUGACCAAUUGGAAGAUGGUUACGUCCUCACAAAUUCUUCCAAAUUGCUUGUUAGGGACAAUCCCUUCAGUCUCACACCCAUCUUGCUUACCGUGCUUGACCCUAUUAUGACUAAGCCUUGGCAUUCUAUUAGCACUUGGCUCCAAAGUGAUGACCCUACUCCAUUUGCCACAACACAUGGGAUGGAAUUUUGGGACUAUACUGUGCGUGAUCCUAGGUUCGGAAAUGUGUUCAAUGAGGCGAUGGCUAGUGAUGCGCGACUGGUCGUGAGUGUGCUGUUCGAUAAGCGCAUAUCGGUGUUCGAGGGAUUGGAAUCCUUGGUUGAUCUUGCAGGAGGCACUGGGACGGUGGGCAAGGCCAUUGCAGAUGCAUUUCCUCAUGUAGAAUGCACUGUGUUUGAUCUACCUCAUGUUAUUGCUGAUUUGCAGGGAAGUACGAACUUGAAGUUUGUUGGUGGGGACAUGUUUGAUGAAAUUCCUCCAGCAGAUGCAAUUUUCAUGAAGUGGAUAUUACAUGACUGGAGUGACGAAGACUGUGUAAAAUUACUGAAGCGAUGCAAAGUGGCAAUUACAUGCAAAGGCAACAAAAAUGGGAAAGUGAUUUUAGUUGACAUGGUCAUUGUGGAGAAACAAAACAACAAAGACAUUGGUCAUGAUCAUGAUCAUCAGUUGUACGAAACUCAAAUCCUCUUUGAUAUGUUGAUGAUGGUGUCAUUCCCUGGCCGAGAGAGGAAAGAGACAGAGUGGGCUAAGCUCUUUUCUGAUGCAGGGUUUAGUACUUAUAAGAUAACUCCUAUUUUGGGUGUUAGAUCUCUCAUCGAAGUUUUUCCCUAAAAUAAUAAUAUAUAAAUAAAAAAAAUACUUGGGACACUACCAUACUAAACAACACAACUAAUUUUAAAUUAGCCAAGUGGCUCUCAUAACAUGAGGCCAAUAAAUGAAACCUACUUUUUAUAAUUAGUUGUGUUGGUUACCACUUGUAGUGCUCCGAGCAUUGCCAAAUAGUAAAGCUUUAUUAUACAGUUUGAGUCGUGACUAGUUAAUCGGUGGUCCUAUCUGAUUCAUAUUUGUGUCUCACGAUCGACUUGGGACACUUAGUAUUAGUAAUGUUAUUUUCAAUAUGAAUAAGUGAUCGACAAUUAGAGCUAGCAUGGGAUUUGACAAUGUAACUGGCUUUUCCCUGGUGGGCCCUAGAACUCCGUCGACGUGUACUGGAGGUUAGCAACUUGUGAUGAUCUAUCCAUAUAUGUGUGCGAUAUGUAUUUUAUAAAAACAAAGCUUUGUUACUGUAUUCUAUCAAGUAUAUACAUUUAACUUGAUAGAGCAAAAUAAAUUAGCAAUAUUAUUCU